CGUCUUCGCGCCUGCGCAGUGUUGACAAGGACAAGGUCGCGGCAGCAGUUAGCCAUUAGCUGUCAACAUGAUGUCGCUUGCUGCCCGCUCGGGGGUUUUUUCUCCUUAUUUGCAGGCUACAGCUUUCACAGUUACAAGUCCUUUGAAAGCCGGCAUACCCGGAGUGGCUCUAAAGGGAGAACAGGUUUUGUUGGACCCGAAAAUGAAGCUCCUGUGCCGGGGAUCUCUGAGCGGUCAAAGCCCAAAGACAGGAUCUGCUGUGAGGGUUAGUCUCAGUGCUCCUGCAGGAGUCAGGUUUGCCCACACAGACAUCAGGGUGCCAGACUUCAGCGAAUACAGGCGUCAAGACGUGCUCGACCCCCACAAGCCUGCUGAAGAAAGCAACGAGCCAAGAAAAGCCUUCUCAUACAUGAUCACAGCCGCCAGCUCUGUGGUCGCUGUGUAUUCUGCGAAGACGAUCGUCACACAGUUUGUUUCCAGCAUGGGCGCCGCAGCCAACGUGCUGGCUCUGGCAAAGAUCGAAGUCAAGUUGUCCGAGAUCCCAGAAGGCAGCAACAUCACGUUUAAGUGGCGAGGCAAACCGCUGUUCGUCCGCCACCGUACUGAAAAGGAGAUCGCCAUAGAGGCUGCGGUCAACAUCGCCCAGCUGCGUGAUCCUCAGCACGACAAGGACCGAGUCAUCGACCCCAAAUGGCUCAUCAUGCUCGGGGUGUGCACACAUCUGGGUUGUGUCCCCAUUGCGUUUGCUGGAGAUUACGGCGGUUACUACUGCCCCUGCCACGGCUCCCACUACGAUUCCUCAGGCCGCAUCAGGAAAGGCCCCGCCCCUCUGAACCUGGAGGUUCCCCACUACGAGUUUAUUGAUGCGGACACUGUGGUUGUGGGCUGAAGGUCUCGGAGUGCUGACAUCGUAUCUGUGGUCUCAGUGUCAGUCUGCUUGCUUGGGAAAAUAUUUUGCAUCAUUUUCCUUCAGUUUGAUAAGUUGGAAUGUUCAGCAGCUUCCAGGAAUUCACA